UAUAAAAAUACAAAUAGAGAAAUGGAGAGACUGCGCGCCAGCCAGGAGCAAUUUUCUGCUCUUAUAGAAUUCAUGGAAAGGUAUGGUGACCUCUCUCGACCACAGCGGGGACCUCAGGGUCGACUAAAAGCCGACCAAAUGUGGGCAAGGCUCACAUUAUUACUUAAUUCAGUUGGUGGUGGGGUUCACAAAUCACAAGAGAAGUGGAAGAAAGCGCCACCAGUACCAAGGGAAGAACCCAUUCCUGAAGAUGUGGAAAUUGAAAUUCCUGUAGGCUUAGAGAAUUUUAAUUAUAAUACAAGUGUUCCAACAUUGCCAGCAUCACCGCUACUGCUAGACCCACAGCCCUCACCACCACCACCACCAGUACGUCCGCCGCCCCCUCUACCGCGUUCUCCUCCGCGUCCCACUGGUCGACGGUCAUCGGCGUCACCGCGAUCUGCGACUGCCUCGCCGCGACAUGGGAUGCAGAGAGCUCGCAGGAAUCGCGGCUUAACGCCAUUUGACCGGGCCGCUACAGAAUUUGUGGCGGUUGAACAACGACGCCUUGCACUGGAGGAGACGCGAGAGAAGCUUUCCCAUGAGCGAGAAAGGGAAAGGGAAAAGCUUCUCCAUGAACGUGAGAGGGAGCGUGAGGAACUUUUCCACCAAAGAGAAAUGGAGCGACUGCGGCUGGAGUCGCUAAAGGUUGAGGCAAAUCGCGAGCAAACUAGGGUGAUGCAGCAAAUAGCUGUUAUCGGGCAAAGGUUGCUCGAGAUAUUGCCUCAAGGGCCCGCAUCUUAAUUUUUUUUUUCAUAGGGUUUUAAGUGUAUUAUUUAGUGCCUUUCUUUUUAUUUUUUUUAAGUGCUUGUUUUAGAUUUUAAUAUUUUAAUUUAAUAGUUUAAGUACAGUAUUU